AUGUUGUGCAGGUUAUUACUAUCUGUACAAUAUAAGAAAGAUCUGGAAAUACUUAACGUUGGAUUCAACCAGAUGUUUGGUUCAUACACUGGUAAUGGGGCGCGUAGAUUACUGUAAUAGUUUACUCUACGGUCUCGCAACAAAUAAUAUCAAUAAGCUACAGCGUCUUCAGAAUAUGGCUGCCAAGUUAAUACAAAUACUCCGCGGUUUUGUCACAUCACACCUGUACUGUGUCAGUUGCACUGGUUACCAAUAGGUGUCAGGAUUAAAUUCAACGUGAUCCUUAUAACAUCUAAAGCAAUACACGGACUGGUUCCAUAUUAUAUACAAAGUUUAAUCGAAGUCAAGGAGGAGUCCUCCUACAACCCGAGUUAGGUCAAAUUAUGAACUGUUACUUGCUCCACCGAAGUUCAAGUCUGAAAAGACCUUAGGCGACAGGGCUUUCCAAGUGGCUGCGCCGACUCUAUGGAACAAACUUCCAAGUGCAUUAAGGAUGGAAAGAAGCUUGAAGCCUUUUAAAGCCAAGCUGAAAACUUUACUUUUUAAAGAAGCCUAUGAUUUAUAGUUUUAAGACUCAUGAACGACUUGUCGAUUAACGUUUUUAAGAUGAUGUCAAUUACUUAGUUUCAAUAUAUUUUCUAAUCGUAUCUUAUAAUUGCCUUUUUAAUUGUAUAUAUAGAGAGAUUUAUACUAAAUUUUUAGGGUUUAUAUUUAUUUAUUUAUUUAUUUAUUUAUCUAUUUAUUUAUUUAUUAUCUGUUUUUAUUCUAUUUUAUUUUUAUUUUUUGUUACUGCGCAUUAGAUCAUAUAUUUGCUAUUUUGCACCUAAUAAAUAAUAAAUUAUUAUUUACUAUUUAGUUCUUACUAAGUCCUUUUUUAAGCACGCGUUAAAAAAGGAAAGCACAGCAACAAAGAAAAAACUUGCUUGCCGAAAAAACUAUUUAACCUUAUUUUAAUUAUUUAUGCAAUCAUCUCCCUAACAAUGGUUUCGAUUUCUUUUGUUUGACAGGCACUAACCAAUAUGCAUUUGCAGGAUUUCGCGCCUGUAAAUGUUUGGAUAAUUACUACCGAACGAAUCUGUUUGGGAAUUGUACACCAUGUGAGAAGAAACAGGGACUAAAUUGUCACGAUGAUUUUGCGAAUCUUACAGUUGGCUUUUGGUGGCGGUGGAAAGAUGAGACACACUUAGAACAGUACAGAAACUUCAGUAAAAACCUAAAGAAUUUCUCCUUUACUCCUGAAUUACACAAAGCAAAUGAUUCCGGUAUUGAAUACCCGUACACCAUACCUCAACCGUACAGAUGUCCCAUGGCAGAAGCUUGUAAGGGAGGUUUAAAUUCUUCAUGUGAGGCUGGUUAUGAAGGACCGCUAUGUGCAGUUUGCAGCGAUGGAUAUCACAAACAACUGAAGAAAUGUAAGCUGUGCCCAACAAAAGGAUGGAUGAUUGGACAGCUUGCAAUUAUUGGGGCGUUAGUUAUAAUAUUUGUUAUACUUGUGGUGUGGGGAAGCAAGAAAAAGAGCAAAAAAGACGCUGGACGACCUUUCCUUGACAAGCUCCUCGGAAAGAUUAAAGUUGUGAUUGGCUUUUAUCAGGUGCUGUAUGGGAUCAUGGAGGCGUUUUCAUACGUAAAAUGGCCUGGAAGUCUUUCCGUUGUUGGGGAAUAUUCCGAGAUUAUUCAGAUGAACAUCGUUCAGAUAGCUCCCCUCCACUGCAUCCUUCCUGGCUUUAAAAUUGACGCAUUCACAAGUUUAUUUGCAGUUAUGGGAUUUAAUCUUGCAGCAGUCAUCGUCGCCCUUUCUAGCCUCGCCCUUGCCACUUGGAUAUCAACACGACGUAUGUCGAAUGAAGAAGAAAAAAGGAAGAAAAAGGAGCGCAUUAAAGCGAUCGUAAAGAGAAAUCUGUUUUUCUUUCUUUACGUGACCUAUCUGAACACUUGCCUAAAAACUGCUCAAGUCGUACCUCUUGCCUGCCACAGGAUCUGCGUUGACGAAAAAGAUGCUGAAAGCUGCGAGAAGUAUUUAAAGGCUGACUACAGCAUUGACUGCAAAGGAGAGAGAUAUAACCGAUUAGUCAUCGUGGGAUACUGUUCCAUUUUGUAUGUAAUUGUCCUGCCUGCUGCUGCUUUCAUAGCAAUUUGGAAACAACAGAGAGCGGCGAAGAAAACUGAGGAAGAAACAAAAAACGACAUAAAUGAUCUUGAAGACCAAGGCACCGAACAAUCAGGACUGCGCUUGUUAGACGAAACCUACAACUCUCGUUGUAGUUGUCACGUUGAGGAAGAAACAAAAAACGACACAAAUGAUUUUGAAGACCAAGGCACCGAACAAUCAGGACUGCGCUUCUUACACGAAAACUACGACCCCCGUUGUUGGUAUUGGGAACUAGUGGAGACAGUUCGAAAGGUUAUUUUGACAUCUGGAUUGAUCCUUCUUGGUGGCGAGAGCAGAGCUUACAUUGCGCUAGCAUUGCUUUUAUCUGGACUGUACGGGAUGUAUUUCGGGCUAAAAAAGCCCAUAAAAGAUCGAUUCGAAAACAACCUUAUGCUGUCUUCACUUGCCGUUACGUUCGUAAACCUUGCAAUAGGAGCCGUGAGCACAAUCCCGAGUGAAGGUUUUUCGACAACAGUCGACCCAAUCGUGGAUACUCUGGUGUUCAAUGGCUUGGUCUUUGUUGCCAACACCUUUGUUAUUGGAAUCCUUGUCGGUAAGUUAUCAUCAUGCAUUCUAUUCUUCUGUCACACAAUCCCUUUACAUUUAACAGUCAGGUUCAUACCUUAACUGGGCACCAGACUGAUUUACUUGGUAAAAGUUCUUGCAAUGAAAGAUACAUAGCUUACUUCAUAAUUAAUGAGUGCGCACGAUUCACGAGUUGUACUGAGCGAACCAUAGCAGUGAUAAUCUGAAGUAAUUUGCUUAUUAAAUGAGUACUAAGAUCUAACGAAAGUUCUUUUUCUUUUUCUUACUUUUAAUCACGACCAAAUCAAAUAGGCCUUGGAAAGGUCUUCUUAGCUCAUUCCUCUACGAACAGCGAUAUACUUGCACUUGUGGGUGAAACUAGCUUAAUUAAAAUGAGGUUACAGGAUAUUGCCAUUUUUAUGUUUAAAAUCAACAAAACAUUAUUACUGACAAAUACAUCGCAGCUCUUUCGUCGCUCACAGGUAGAUUAUUAUAUACCAAGAGCAGCAACUGUUACGUACGGAAAACACUAUCUUAGGUUUUUCGACCCUACUUAACGGUCGAAGUUAGGUAUGAGCGAUAGAAACGAGAUAUCAUUAAAGAAAAUCAUAGACAGCAUAAAGAAAAAGGACUUGGAGAGGGCAGGGGGGUUAAUUCAAGAAGAAACAUGUAAGGGAUGUUAAUUAUGUAUGACUUACGUCAGUAUAAAAGUAGCUGUGAAGUAUUGCAAUAAGAUUAUUUUAUUUUAGAAACCUUCAUCUUAGAUAGUUGAUAAUUAAUCCAGAUUUGGACUGAACUGGAUUUUCAGAAGCCGAUAUCUUUUAUUAAUUACUUUUAAUAACAUUUAUAUGUUAACAAUUUUUGAAAUAAUUAGUUUAGCUAUGGUAAUAAAUCUUAAUAUUAUACUGUAAUAACUAAUUUUCACGUAAAAGUAUUCCCGAUUAUAUUAGUGGGCCUCCUUAGGCAUGCUAGAAGACCUAAUUACACUUAAUUAAGAGCGUGUCUCCGUAAAAACUGACCAGUGAUUUUGGAUCAAAAAUUUAAUUUUUCUUAUAUUCUGGGAUAUUAAAGCCUCCACCUUAGUAGUUGCAAAAAUGCAUUUCGUUUGACCGAAAGUGAUAAAUAUAUUUUUUUACGAAUUUUUGAAUUUCCGGGCGGUCAGCGCCGGCGCCAUAGCCGUUCAAAGUGCGAAAAUCGCUAAUAUUGACCGCGCUCUAGAAAACAAACACCUGGCUUAAAAAGACUGAUUUUCUUUUCCGUAUACAGAUACACCACUGUAGAUUUCCUAGCCGUAUCACAGUUCCAAAUUAUUUGUUUAUUUCCAACGGCACUGAUUUUUUCCCCAGCACGUGUUUUCGGCUUUCCAUCAAAACACGAAAGUAGCUCAACUUUGAGGGUAAUUUUAAAAAGUGUGGCACCUGUCUGAACUUCGCUAUCUGUAUGAAUACAAUCUAGGAAUGAUAAUAAAACUCAACAAGGAAUAACAUUUUUGUGCUCUCCACGUUUUCAGAAUAGGCCGCCGUUUGAAUUUCCAGAAAUUUCGUAAACCAGAUAAUUAACGAACACUCGCCUUGUCGAUCUGCUUGUCAAAGUCCAACUUCAUUUGAUGGCUUGAUGGGUCUUAUCCAAGUUCUUUCACAUUUUAAGGUUAUUUCUUAAUCAUCUGAAACUAUAUUGGCCGUUGAUUCCAUGUCCUUUGUCCGUUUUAAGAAGUUAUCUUGUUUAUAAAAUGGCAGUAUCCGCCAGCGUGACUGGUUCGUGACACCGUCCUGAAAGGUCUUUUGCUAAAAUUAGUUGGAUGCACUGAAUCUUGUUCAUUGAGACUACUCUUCAAGACAUCGCGGGGAAAUUUGUACAGCAAAUAAAACACUUUUCUUUGCAAAUAAAACGCGAUGAGUCGCUAACAAGGCGAUUUAACCCAGUUCAGAUUAAAGUUGAAAUUUGCGUGACUUUUUGUAUUUCAUCCCCAGUCCUUCUGGACUGGACACAAAUCAAACAAGGGGUAACAUGGCUACUGGUACAGUGAAGUGUUCUUUCUCGGGCUUCGGAAAAUCUAGUUGUGGAGGUUUUCGAGGUUCGGAUACAGUAUGUAGGUUGCAAGAAUGCCAGGAAGAUAUAACGAUCCACUUGAAGACAUGCCAUCUUUCAAAACUAUCUGGAAUGAUGGAGUACGAACUGAUUCUAGUCAGGGCGGGGCUAUUCGAUGUGCCAAAACACCGGCAAGAAGAAAUGUUCGUGUGUCCAAAACACAGACAUAAUUUGGGUCGCAACUGGCGUCCUUUGAGGACAUGUCGAUAUCCUCUUCAUUCAGGAGCAAGGAAAAAGCUAAAAAAUAAUCAUGGAGAUGUCCAAGAAUAUUCACGCAAUUUUUGGAAUCACAAUUCCCAUUGGGUCAGGUAAGCAUUCUACUACACAAUUUUUUACGUUUUCCCUUUUUUGAGGAGCAACGAUUGACACAGUUGGUUAUUGCGUAGCCCUUGGAGUCUUCUGUGUGAGAGGUCUUGAGAUUGAUGUCCAUGGCAAGGUGUGAGAAAUUCUUUCCGUGUAGCUUCAAGUAGCUUAAAUACCCGUAAAACGGAGUACUGAUGAAGAGGGCGUUUAAAAAGGUUUGUCUUUCAGAUGAUGAUGAAAUGAUCAUUUCGAAGUACCGACGUAUGUAAGGCGCCUUUACUUUUUAACUUUCAAUAGAAUAAAAGAACUCUUAAAACCAAGGUAAAUGUCAUGGUCAAGUAUUCCGAAUUGUGUAACAAACUUUAAAUCUAAUUAUAAAUAAAGACUAAAAGAGAAGGUCGAGGGAAUAACCAUUCAACGUUGUUGUAAAACCUUGAAAGGGAAUCGUUCCAUAAGGUGUUUAUUUUUCCGGCUAUUUAUAUCAUAACCAGUUAUAUUUUUUGGCAACAGUGCCACGAUGUAAGUGUAGAAAUCUUGGAUUGAGUAAAUAACAAGUAUGAAAUGAACAUUCUUGUUUUACAUUGUUUGGUCAAGCGCGUUAGUAUAAUUAGGACAAGUAUAUUUGUUACAACACAGACGUUCAAAAAUACACAAGUAUUCCUGGAUUUUUGCGAGAUUUAAAAGGUGCUUAGAAUGUCUUUACAGGACUGUCUAUUUUUUACGCUGAUUCAUAGCGUUGUAUUUUUCAAAGUAAGAGAUAAUUUCGGUAAAGUAGCUUACAUGCACGUGACCCACGAAAUUAUGCGAAACACUUGGCAAUGUUCCCCUUCUUUAAAAACCCUAUUUUGUGAGUAUCGGGGAUUUUGUAUUUGAAACAUUUUUUAACCCUGCUAUAUGCUAUAUCCUGAAAACUAUUUUUCCGACACCUCAACCGCGAGAUUAAAAACUGUUUUGAGUUUAUUUUGCCAGUUGUCAAUUAUCAAUUCAGUGUUGGUUCUAAAAAUAAGUUUUACGCUACGAAUCGACUUUGACUAAAAGUUAAAUUCAUCAUUGUGAUACUUUUUAAUGCACAGCAAUUUGCACUACUUGUGUCAAGAAGCAAAGACAAAAAUAUGAGGAAAAUAAACGUUGGCUGGGGGAAAACACUGAGAGUGAGAAAUUAGGGGAAUAUGAAGAGACAAGGUGUGUUUAAGGUGACUCGACCCGGUUUUUUUGGGGGGGUACCAUCCUACUUUGAAGCUCUCUGGUAUCCCCACCUUUACUUUUAUCGUAAGUCUAACACAUAGAAUGUAUAACGUAUAGAUCAAUCUACAAUAUAACAUAAAAUUUUUGGCGAUCGGAGUAAAUGUCAUGUGGUUAUAAUGCCACGCCCCUUUGAGGUCUGAGUCAAAAAUCUGCUGUUGCCGGUAUUUUUUCGUGAAAAUUUCUCGGCUACACAUAGUGCGCAUUAGUGCCUUGCCCAACCAAAAUCGCAAAGACCCAAUUCGAGAAAUACAGUGGUUUCCAAAUUUAGGUCAUAAUUUAUGCGAAAAUGAUAAGCAAACUUUACACGAUUAUAUCUAAUAAACUAUGAGAUUCAUCCCUUUAUUUUGGGCAUCGUUAUAACAGAUGGGUCCUUGCAAGUCAGCAAAGAGCUUUAGGGCCUUGUAAAUGCGCGCGAUUUCGAGCAAAGCAAACAUAUAGAAAUUAUAGUUUUCGCUAUUUGUUGACGUUUGUCAGCGUUUAAGAGCGAAUGCACAGAAAAAUCGAGCAAAAUCGGAAAAUCGUGGCCACAGCUCAAAACGAAACUUACCCUCAUUUUCAGUCUGUAAUAAGGUUUUAAUGAGUUUAUAACACUGCUGAGGUUUAAAUUUCAAAAUGCGGCCGAGUUUGGGAAUUAUUUGAUAUUUUCGAUUUCAACGGUCUGCGAGCCUAAAAUUAGCCGCCGAACACGGCAAUAUAGCCUAGCGACAGAGAUGAGCUGUCUUUCAUAAACGAGCGAAUAUAUUGGCAAUCUUCCACUUAAAUCUCAAAAAGCAGAUAUCUAAGAAUUUCUGAACGGCACAUUUUUUAGAUUUAGAGAAUAAAAUAUCGACGAACCAGCAGAAUUUUGAAACGUAAUUUGCAUAAUGCUUAUAAAUAUAACAAUUUACCGCUAAAACCAAAAUCGAAUUUUCUAUAUGGGGGAAUUCUCCAAAUCACCCCAAAUCCCGCUUACUACCCAAUGAGAUAUAGUACUUCAACAUUAUCUGAAAGUUAGUCUGGUGUUCUUGCGAACGCUUGUAAAAUAGAUUGAUUAUUUUGAGGUUAUUUUGCCCCAAACAACCGCUAAUUGACCCCAGGGUCAAUUGACACGUGCACGUCACCUUAGUUUUAUGCAUCGAUUUGAGCUCGUUAAAAGGGAGAAACUAACAAGAUUCUUUUAAUAUGUACCUGUUUUAAUGAAAUGCACGCAAUCUUCAAAAGGAGAGGCCGUUCAAUGGGUAAUUUCUGUUCUUGAGAUCUUGUAGAUUGCAGCAUGGCGUCUGCGAGUGGACCUGAGUCUAGGUCUGUUUUCCCGUGACUGCGAAAUCAGAAUAACGUAAAGAAAUAAUUCUCCCUCGAAUCUUCGUAAGUGAAUCAGCUUUGCAGUACCUUACCUGAGAUAAAAAGUGGCCCGAACAGCAAAACAUUUCUAGCGCAAUUUGAAUCCUUUGUGGAACGCAGUGUAUUGCUGAGCGAAAGGUGAGUAUUGCGUGACCAGCCAGUAAACGAUAGUCUCCAGCGAAAAAUAGGAUUCGCAAAAAUCUUGCUGAUGUAUAUUUAACAGUUUGUUACUAUAAAUUUACACCUGGUUUGUCUAAAACUUUAAACAACGCAUAUCUGUCCAAGAGUGUAAGAAUGUUUCGAAAGAUCCACCCCUAAAUAACUGUGGGCUACUCCUUUUUCCCCAUCACCGAUGUGCACUUCCUUCUCACUGUCUUUUUUGCAUGAGGCUUGUAUGCCUUUUUAACUGAUAUCGACACUUAAAACUGGCCGUUUAAGGCCUGAUUUAAGAACUUGACUGACUUAAAAAACCGUCGCGAACAUGCGCUAUUAUUGUUUGACUUUGGAAGCUUUAAGCCCAAAAUGAUAGUGCAAUAUCGAGAAAUUUGCCCGGGUCUAAUUAUAAGACAGGGAACGGGUACUAAGAAAGGGACGAUCUCAUUUAGCAACCCGUGGACAAUCUGGGCAUGCUUGCCUUCUGUCGCAGGGGCAACCGUUAAGGCCAGGUACGCCGCCCGCACCCGAGAGGAUUGCAUGGCAUCCAUCAUUUCAGUCGCUUUUUCCACAUUAUGACCUUCAAUUAUCAUGAAUUAUAAUGCGGCCCUUGAUCGUUGCCACCUUACCAGAAGUCUAAUCUUCGCACUGUUAGACCAUGAGAAUCUCUAUUAUUAUUCCAUAAAUGCACCAUUGACUUUUCCUUGCUCAGCGUCCGGUAAACCGAUACUCAGAAGCAAAAAUAGCUUUACAACGACUCUAUCCGGGCCAGAACUCCUGAUAUCAACAAAUAUACCCCCACCCCCCCUAAAGAGAGCAAACGUUCCCCGAACUACUCACUUGACCCACCCCAUCCCUUCGUUAAGAAAAACUACGCACUCAGUCCACUGGACAAAACGCGCUCGUGAAUAUACCAAACUAUAGCCAUUCAUCCUAUACAAGCAAUCUCAGUUUCAGCAGGCGUGGCCACGUUUCCAGUUGCUGUAAGAUUAAUUCGACACCUGCAACAGACACUGUAAAUUAAAUAGCAGCCACGACGCCCUUCUUUGAAACCGUCAGGACAAGAAAGUUUAUAAAAGACUUAACAGGUGUGCGCGGCGGUUUCCUUUUCUUCCUUCCCUUCCAUUGUAGCACUCAAAUUCUGACCCUGAUAUUAAUUCUAGUAGUAAUCAAUCGUUCCUGAGCCGAUAGGCACAAGGAUACCAGAUUCUUGCAAAAUAUGCUGUGACAUCCGUUUGCUCAUCCCCCUUUCUGCCUUCCGCCGAUGAUUAGGUUUGGUUCUGUGCUUUGAAAUAACUUUAGGAACGAAACAUGAUACGUGAGGGGCGUGUCCGGCUAAGGGCAAGUGACUCUCGGUGGUGAAGACAUAUACUGAGCUUGUCAGUAUUUGGUAGCCUGUACCACGUCGCGAAAAUAGAACAAGCCAAAGAAAAAUAAGACACCUUUCUUUCCCCAGCUCCCGCAGGUUUUUCGCAUUACUUUUUACUGCACAACUGAUUGUACCUUUUCGAGCCGGAGCGAACAUGGACGCCCUUGGGGUUAAGUUUCCACUUCAUUUUCGGCACCUGACUAAACGCAAGUGCUGACUUGUGCGCCUAUGCUUCGUUUGCACUGAAGUAGCAGUAUAUGACCACGACAGACUUGCUGCUAUCCUUGGUUUGAAACCGCAAUGGGCAAGAACAAUUUCUUGAAAAGAGCAAACUAUUUCCACCUUAGCAGACAUGGAGAACAACUACUAGGACUUAAGCAAUGCCAUUGCUUAAGUCCUACUAGACUUGAAAAGAGAAAGCAUGAUGCUUUCUCUUUUUAAUGAUUUACGGCUAAACAGUACAAUUUCAUGUAGCUUUUACGCAAAAUUAAAUACUUAGUUGUUUGCAGAAUUGCAUUUAACAACAAAUUACAGAAAUUUAACUGUACCAUUUUUAAAAGUGGGACAGUAUGUUUGCUAAUCAUCUUAGUUAACCGCUUUUAAAAUAGGACAAAAGGACACCUGGUCAUACAGGAAAAUGAAUUUACUGUAUCCCGAAAGCUUUGGUUUCCCGUGCACUUCUUUUUCGCAGGAGACAAUCGAUAAUUGCCUGGUCACGCAAUCGGAGGUGAGUAACUAAUUAAAAGUCAUCGAUACCAUCGCCGCUUAGCAAAUACACUACUUGCUGCAAAGGAUCCAAAUUGCGCUAGAAUGUUUUCCUAUUCGGCCCACUUUUUAUCUCAGGUAAGGCACUGCAAAGCUGAUUCACUUACGAAGAUUCGAGCGAGAAUUAUUUCAUAAUGUUAUUCUGAUUUCGCAGUUACGGGAAAACAGACCUAGACUCAGGUCCACUCGCAGACGCCAUGGUACAACCUACAAGAUCUCAAGAACAGAAACUACCCAUUGAACGGCCUCUCCUUUUGAAGAUUGCGUGUAUUUCAUUAACACAGGUACAUAUUAAAAGAAUCUUGUUAGUUUCUCCCUUUUAACGAGCUCAAAUCGAUGCAUAAAACUAAGGUGACGUGCACGUGUCAAUUGACCCUGGGGUCAAUUAGCGGUUGUUUGGGGCAAAAUAACCUCAAAAUAAUCAAUCUAUUUUACAAGCGUUCGCAAGAACACCAGACUAACUUUCAGAUAAUGUUGAAGUACUAUAUCUCAUUGGGUAGUAAGCGGGAUUUGGGGUGAUUUGGAGAAUUCCCCCAUAUGGGAAAUUCGAUUUUGGUUUUAGCGGUAAAUUGUUGUAUUUAUAAGCAUUAUGCAAAUUACGUUUCAAAAUUGUGCUCGUUCGUCGAUAUUUUAUUCUCUAAAUCUAAAAAAAUGUGUUGUUUAGAAAUUUUUAAUAUCUGUUUUUUGACUGUUUAAGUGGAAGAUUGCCAAUAUAUUCGCUCGUUUAUGAAAGUCAGCUCAUCUCUGUCGCUAGGCUAUAUUGCCGUGUUCGGCGGCUAAUUUUAGGCCCGCAAACCGUUGAAAUCGAAAAUCUCAAAUAAUUCCCAAAUUCGGCCGCAUUUUGAAAUUUAAACCUCAGCAGUGUUAUAAACUCAUUAAAACCUUGUUACAGACUUAAAAUGAGGGUAGGUUAGGUUUUGAGCCGUGGCCACGGUUUGCUCGAUUUUUCUGUGCAGUCGCUCUUAAGAGCCUUCUCACGAAAACAGCAUUUUCUUAAAAAUUCGUAGUUUUUUUUCCUUCAAAUUUUUUCAGAGCCACAAUUGAUUAACUAACUACCCGGACUCUGACUUUCAUGGUCAUUGAAAUUUGAAAAACUGUGACAUUAUCUUCUCUAAGCCCAGACUUGAGUAAACAAGAUCAGAAAGGACUGGGCAACAAAAUUUACAUCAGUGGAUGUGGCUGUGAAAAAAUCUACACCAUUUAUGUUGGCGUCCGAAUCAUCAACUGACGUAGAAACCCUGCAGAUGGGAUGGGCACUAAGCAAGGCCCACGCAGGUUCCAUCCGGUUUUCUCGUGAGGUUAAAGAAUAUCUUACAGCCAAGUUUGAAAUUGGUGAGCGAACUGGCCGCAAGGCGGACCCUGUUCAGGUUGAAAAGGAUAUGAGAACAGCACGGAAUGUGAAUGCCAGGGUCCAGUUCAAUGAAUUUCCGCGCAGCGUGGGGUCCUGGGAAGGACGUGGAAACUGUGGUAGCGUGGUGGUUUCUCAAUUCUCUUAGCUGAAAUGUGUUGAACCAUUUUUGUCAGUGCGUUUACGUUAAGCUGAAGAAGAAAAUGUAUCGAAGUAUGGCGAUUCAAUGUUAAUUACAUCGAACUUUACAGAAAAUGUUACGAAACAACCGUGUCACGCUCGCAACUGAUGACGCUCUCUAUUACUUUUAUACAAACUAGAUAAAAGAUGCCGUUGAAGGACAGGUUUUAAACAAAAAAUUCGAUGUUUUUAGAGUUAAAGCGGCUACUUCAGGAGCAAAAAUAUCCUCCACAAAAACCAAGAGGGACAUUACAACCUAAGAAGUUAAUAAACAAGUGAACGAGCUAGUAUUUGUUCAGGUCAUCACCCAAUGCAGGAGAACUGGGGAUGAAAUACAGAGUCACGCAUUUUUCAAGUUUGUCAGAAGACUUGGUUAAAACGCUUUGUCAGCGACUCAUCGCGUCGUAUUUGCAAAGGAACGUGUUUUAUUUGCCCUACAAAUUUCACUGCGAUGUCUUGAAGAGUAUAAUCUCAAUGAACAAGAUUGCACCCAACUAAUUUUAGCAAAAGACCUUUCAGGACGGUGUCACGAACCAGUCACGCUCGCGGAUGGCUGCCAUUUUAUAAACCAGAUAACUUCUUUAAACGGACAAAGGACAUGGAAUCAACGGCCAAUAUAGUUUCAGAUGAUUGAGAAAUAACCUUAAAAUGUGAAAGAACUUGGAUAAGAUAUAUCACGCCAUCAAAUGAAGUUGGACCUUGACAAGCAGAUCGACAAGGCGAGUGUUCGUUACUUAUCAAGUUUACGAAAUUUCUGGAAAUUCAAACGGCGGUCUCUUCUGAAAACGUGGAGAGCACAAAAAUGUUAUUCCUUUUUGUGUUUUACUAUCAUUCCUAGAUUGUAUUCAUACAGAUAGCGAAGUUCAGACAGGUGCCACACUUUUUAAAAUUACCCUCAAAGUUGAGCUACUUUCGUGUUUUGAUGGAGAGCCGAAAACACGUGCUGGGGAAAAAAUCAUUGCCGUUGAAAUAAACAAAUAAUUCGGAACUGUGAUAUGGCUAGGAAAUCUACAGUGGUGUACACCUAAUUGCAAUAACGUUGUCAUAGAAAAAAGCAAAAAGCAAAAAGCAAAAAGCCAAAUAGGAAUUAAUUAAAUAGCCAUGUGAUUUACAUUUGCGUAUUUUGAUAAUAUAACAAUUAUUUAAGAAGUCAGUCACAAUGACAAGAAAUAAUUCUGUAAUUCCGCGCUGUAAGAUUCCGCAGAUGAAACACUGAUGUGUGUAACAAAAGGGUCCUGACAAACGAAGCUUAGUUUGUGGCGCGGGAGAGGGACUGGCUGAGGAACGCCUCACCAUCUCCGCGAUGGAAAGUCCUGCGUACGCCCCUGAUUUGUUGCUUGAAAAUUGUGAUCUGAUGGUGUGGUGCACUACAAACCAUACGCAGACUGGCUUUUCUAUUUAGCAUUAAACAAAAAGACGCGUCGCGUUCCUGGAAUUUACCCUAGGCUAUAUUUAUUGAAAAAAAAUGGAGCCAUUUUUUCUUUAGUAGUUAUCCGAUGUACGUUUGUAAUUAGAGCACGUUUGAAAUCCGCUAGAUGAAUCAGCCUCGAAUUGCAUUAGAAUGACACCGAGAAACUGAUGCAAAUGAUUUCUCUCAUGUUACGUGAUUAAUAUUCAGCUAUAAGCGUGUGUGUUGGGAAUGUUGCAAGCAAUGAUAAUUAAAUGCUAAUUAAUUCCUAUUUGGCUUUUUGCCUUUUGCUUUUUGCUUUUUGCUUUUUUCUAUGACAACCUUAUUGCAAAUAGGUGUAUCUGUAUACGGAAAAGAAAAUCAGGCUUUUUGAGCGAGUUGUUCGUUUUCUAGGGCGCGGUCAAUAUUAGCGAUUUUUGCAGUUUCAAAGGCUAUGACGCCAGCGCUAAUCGUCCGAAAAUUCAAAAAUUCGUAAAAAAAUAUAUUUAUCACUUUCGGUCAAACGAAAUGUAUUUUUGUAACUACUAAGAUGAAGGCUUUAAUAUCCCAGAAUAUAAGGGAAAUUAAUUUUUUGAUCCGAAAUCACUGGUCGGUUUUUACGGAGACACGCUCUUAAAGUUGUAUGUAUGUAUGUGUGUAUGUAUGUACGCUCUAAAAAGCGGAAUAACCGAUACCAUCUUUGUCGUUUUGAGAAUUUUUUUCGUAUGCGGCGCGUAAUUGUUCAUACAACAUUUUUCACUUGUGAGAAAAACCGUUUGACCAGUCAGGUUGUUUUUGCUUUGUUUAGAGUCAAUCUCGGUACUUUUGAAAUAAAAUAAUGUAAUGACCUCUGAGUUUAUUUCUAAAUUAUGAAGUUUUCUAUUUUUUUUUUUAAUGUAUUACCAUGAACGCUUCACUUGAAUUAGAAAAUGCUAAACGAUUUUUUCCACGUGAUAUACCUUUUUAUCACCAGUUAGAUGAUAAUAUUGUAGUAAUCCCCUGUAUAUACUUACUGCCUUUGUGGCACUGCAAAUGAAGAACAAAUGAAAGGUAAACAGGAGAAAUUUAAAAAAAGACACUCUGAUGGUGAUAGUACCGUACCGUGAUAUGAUCCGAGAAAGGCUUAACCCUUUAAGUCCCAAUAUCCACAUACAAAUUCUCCAAACGGAUCUCUAUAUAUUUCCUUAAAGAAUGAGUUCAGAGAAUUUGAUAAAAGAUCAAACAUUUUCUCUUAGCUGAUCAUUUUAUUAAUUCUCAUAACCUAAUCUCUUGACAAUGAAUGUCUAUCGUUAUGAGAAAAUUGAUGUUGGUCACUAUUGGGACUUAAAGGUUUAAAAACAUAGUAAGGUACCUUCAAACUUUGUUUCAAAACAUUCUGCAAUAUUAUUUUACUUCUUUAGCACUUCGGGUAUUUUACCUUUAAUUGUUAAAUCAGUUCUUUCCAGGCUUUUUGUGAAAACAGAUAGUUUUUUUUAAUCAUUAUCACCAUUGUACUGUGCUCGUGCAAGUAGCCGCCUUCAGGUCUUUCCUCUGUGAUGAAAGGUUAAUAUAAAUUGAAUCUAUAAAGGCCAAGUUUUAAUUUGAGCGAGUGUUUAUUUUGUUUCAGUGCAAUAUCUGGUGUAUCUUUACCACUUUGUAAAAGAAUGGCGCAAGCAUCCAAAGUGGUCAUUCUCCUGCUGCCUGGCCUUGCUAUUGCCACUUAAUCAACUACAAGGAGAGAUACGCGGAUUAACAGGGAAAAACAUACUAAAUCAGCAACUGCAAACUGGUGACAUCGAGUUGCCAACCAUCGCAAGUACUUUGAGGGAGAGUGGGGCAGUUGAUGUUACUCUUGAAGACCAUAGUGCAGAACGAGAACAGGAGGCAACAACUGACGAGAAAACCAUUGAACAGGGCGUUUUGACAGUUGCAAAGGUGAUCUGUGCUAGUGCUUUAAGGGAGAGUGGGGCAUUUGAUGUUACUCUUGAAGAUCACAAUGCAGAACGUGAACAAGAGGACACAACAACUGACGAGAAAACCAUUGAACAGGGCGUUUUGACAACUGCAAAGGUGAUCUGUGCUAGUACUUUAGGGGAGAGUGGGGCAUUUGAUGUUACUCUUGAAGAUCAUGAUGAAGAAAGUGAAAAAGAGGACACAACAACUGACGAGGAAAGCAUUGAACAGGGCGUUCAGACAAUUGUAGAGGUGGUUAUUCAUCAGCCUCCAAGAGAAACUUACGAAACCAAACUCUAA